AUGGUAGAACCUGGAGAAAAAGAGUUGCAGCUGAAGGCCGUCGUCGGUUUCAGUGGAUCCUUGCCAAACGGACUAAUACUUCAUCCAAAUCCGACGUACCUAAUCUGCGGAUUAGGCUCCGCCAUCGUCGUUCGAAACGUGACAGAGAAAUCGCAGAAAUUCCUGCAAGGACACGACAACAAAAUCAGUUGCAUUGCUCUGAGUCCAUCUGGACGGCUCAUAGCCUCAGGCCAACGCACACAUAAAGGGUUCCUCGCCGACAUCAUUAUCUGGGAUUUUUUUCAAGCCAAAGAGCUCCACAGGCUCCGGCUGCAUAAAGAAUCUGUCCAGGAUCUUGCGUUUUCUAAAGAUGAGACCUACCUGGCGACUCUUGGAGGCCAGGAUGACAAUAACUUGGUUGUCUGGAACGUGGCGGACGGAAAGGCAAUCUGCGGCACAACAGCUGCAGCGGACGCCACGCUUUGUGUCAAGUUCUUCAACAAAACUGAGACUUACCUGCUCACCGCGGGCUGUUAUCAUGUCAGGAUUUGGCAGCUAGAUGCCAAGAACAAGAAGCUUCGACCCAAUGAAUGCCAGCUGGGGAAACUUCAGCGUGUAACGCAAUGCGUCCUGAUCACGCCCGACGAUUCACUGGCGUACUGUGGAACUCAGUCGGGAGAUGUUAUGGAGAUCUCGCUCCGUCACGGAUUAUAUAAGCGGUCGGGUCCCACCAACGGCGUCUUUCCUCGAGGAAUAACAAGUGGCGCACACCUCCCAAAUGGAGACAUGCUCAUCGGGACUGGUGAAGGCAUAAUUGCAAAGAUAGAAGCAGAGUCCCUCGCCACGAAAGGAACGUGCCAAAUCCUUGGACCAGUGACUAGCAUUGUGGUCACUCCCGACCAUCAGCAUUUUUUCGCGGGGACCAGGCAGGGUAACAUUUACUGGGUGGACGUGGCCUCGCUGACGCCGGACAUCCGGUACACUUGUCACUCUGAGAGAAUAAACUGUGUUACCUUCCCUCAAGACCUUUCUGAGCUCUUCGCCACAGCGUCGUUGCAUGAGAUUCGCCUCUGGAAUGCAAGAACUUAUCGAGAGCUACUGCGAAUCCAAAUCCCUCUCGUGGAAUGCUACGCAGUGGCAUUUAUGAGUGAUGGAGAGUCGAUCGUGUCAGGCUGGUCCGACGGCAAGAUCAGGGCUUUUCUACCUCAGUCGGGAAGGCUGAUGUAUGAAAUCAAUGAUGCGCAUAAAGAUGGGGUGACAGCAAUUGCCGGAACCCAGGACAGCAAAAGGAUCAUCAGUGGUGGGAUUAUGGGAACAGUCCGCGUGUGGAACAUCGACGGACUGAGCCGAAAGAUGCUUGCAAGUCUGAAAGAACACAGAAGCCGGAUUUGGUCGCUCCAGUUGCGGAAGAAUGACAUGCAUGCAGUGUCUGCCUCCGCGGACGGAAGCGUUAUUGUGUGGGAUCUCGCAACGUAUACUUCUGUUAUGUCAUUGGUGGAGAACACAAUCUUUAAGAGCAUAGCGUAUCACCCUGAUGAAAUCCAGCUCCUCGCGACUGGAAGCGACAGAAAAGUGCACUUCCUGGACACCUACGACGGCGGCAAGAUACGCGAUAUUGAGGCAUCCGACAAAAGUGAAACAAACUGCCUGGCAAUAACGCGGGAUGGAAAUUACUUUUGCUCAGGAGGCGAUGAUAAAAUGCUGCGGAUUUGGGACUACGAGAGCGGUGAACCCCUCUACCGUGGAACAGCGCACACCGAUGCAGUCACUUGCUGCUGCAUCAGCCCGGAUCAGACGACACUUGUUUCUACCGGGCAAGAAGGAGCAAUAUUCGUGUGGGAGAUUCCCAAGGGUAUUAGGUGCUGCAGCCAUGACAAGCCAGAAAGGCUCCCGCAUGCGUCCCUAGAAAAACGUAACCACACGUGA